AUGGGGUCACCAUUAUCACCAGUGAUAGCCAACAUUGUUAUGGAAAGAUUGGAACAGGAGAGCAUACACCGAGCAAUCAAGCUCACGGAUGCUGUCAAUCGACCACAGGCAAUAAACACCGUAAAAAGCAUUCUGAAAUGCAACAAUUACCCGAAUUGGUUCAUUCAGAAUGUCUUGAAACAGCGAGUACAUAAACACUACAACGGGUUGCAGGACACAAGAGAGGUAGAACAAACAAAAUAUGUUCCCUCCCCGUACGUCCCAUGCCUAAGUGAAAAAAUACAGAAAAUCCUUAGGCAAAACGGGUUAACGCUGGCUGUGAAACCUAAAAAUAAGAUAAAGAACAGCAUUUUUUCCAAACUCAAAGAUUCCGUACCACCAGGACAGCAGAAAAACGUGGUGUAUUCCGUGCCAUGUGGAACAGGAGAUGGAAAAGUAUACAUUGGACAGACAGGAAGAAAACUGGACACACGAAUAAGCGAACACAAGAAUGACGUAAAACGAAAAGACAACCGUACGGGAUUAACACAACAUACGCUUUUUGACGGACACAACUUUAACUUCGACAAAACUAAAAUAAUUGAACGCAUCGACGACCAGGAAAGCAGGAUGACGGCGGAGACAUUCCAUAUCAAGUUGGCGGGAGAACACAACACAGUCAACUUCCAACGAGAGUGUGGAAUGUUCAACACUGACUACAAUGCGUUAGUGGUUAAGCUACGAGAUCUGACGAAUGAUGAAAGACGACGCAGAGAGAAAGAUAGACGACAAACACCACAGCUGCAACCCCACUUGCCAGUGGUAAGUGAUCGCCCAGCAGAAAACGAGGUGGUAAUCGCUGCGGUGAUCGAUAUGUGA